CUGGGUUCCCUGUGUCACGGCCCUGCAGCGGUGCAGCCGCGCGAUUCGCCGCCUGUGAUUUUGUGAGACACAUUUACAGACGAGGUCUUUGCAUUGCGGCGUAUGUAGGCUGCACAACGUUAAACAUUACUCUGUCCUUAUUCUCUGAUGGUUUCCAGGUCAGGUGUUGUGCGUGUUUGCCCAUAUAAAACAAAGAUUAUGUGUGUUUUAUUAUAUUACUGUUAUCGGACGGUUUAUGUCAGAAAUGCUCACAUUUUCCUGGCAAGAACCCACCCAUGUGAGGAUUGGGGAGGUACCUACAACCACCUGAGCGGGCGGAGCUAUGUAUACCUGCCGGUGCCUGAUAGGAGUGGGCAGGGCUGUGCGUACCUGCAGGCACCUGUGCGCUCUGAUGUCAUGGGCGGGGAAGGAUUACCUCACCGUCCUCCACCUCCGUUGUGAAACAUCACACCUUUCAGCCUGAAACACGCUUAAUCGCGGAAUCAGCCGUCAUUCCUACUGGAACUGCUUGUCCUGGCGUGUGCCCGAGGAUUUGGGAAUAACUGGAAUCGGAAAACUCACCAAGAAUUCUGGGAUAUUUUUAGUGGAAUAACUGCAUUCACAGAACAGUUUCGUCUCUUCUUCUUGGAAACGUAUUUCUUCUCAGUUUGGAAUAUUGGGACUAUGGCUUGACACAGAGUCUCUGUACAACUGCGUUAAAGGAUGCCAAAUGCUCUGGAGAGAACUCUGAGUUUCCGUUUUUCCGGAAGACAUAUUUGGCGCUGUACAGUGGAUGGUGGAGGAAAGAUAAAACGGGGGAGGAGUAAGAAGAAGUUUGAGCCGCAGAAAGCCCAGAGUCUGGAGGAGGCCCAGCUGGAGAUCCAACAGCACAGCAAGAACCUGGCCAAGCAGAGCCUGCAGAGAUCGCAGACCUUCGAGUCGGAGAGGAGCUUCGAAGUGACGGAAAGCUGUGUCACCCGCAGUAGUUUUAUAAAGCACAACAAAUCAUUCCACAAGCUGUUCCCGGACAUUCCCGUAAACGAGGACCUGAUCCACGCCUACGUCUGUGCGCUGCAGAAGGAGGUCCCGUACCACGGCCGGCUCUACGUGUCCGAAAACUACAUCUGCUUCUACUCCUCCGUGCUCCUCAAGGACACCAAGGUGGUGAUCCCCGUGUCCAGCGUGUUCGUCCUGAAGAAGCAGAACACGGCCUUGCUGGUGCCCAACGCCCUGUCCGUCCGCACCUGCGAGGGGGAGAAGCAUUUGUUUGUGUCUCUGAGGAACCGGGAGUCUUGCUACAAGCUUCUGCAGUCGGUUUGCCCUCAGCUAGAGGAUGGGAGUACUAACAGCAGCCCGAUAUUCUCCUCCGUGGAGAACAGCUUUGAGCAGAGCAAGCACACGAACUCCAGUCAGUCCAGCCUGGAGGACAGCUUCGACCAGCUGGACCGCGGAGACUGCGGCCUCCUGCUGAGCGCCCAGCCCAGCCCAGCGAAGGUGUCCCGAGAACCAGUGCAUCGUGGGAACAACACCACCUCGAGCAGUCCUCAGAGGGAGAAGGAGGACAGCUCCACAGAGGAGGACGCAGCAGGCGGCUCUUGGGUCUGGAGUGUCACGGAGAACGUCAGAGCUCACCUCGUCCAGAGGCAGUCCAGCAGCCUGAACACCCUCCUCUUCAUCUACCUGCUGCUGGUGGUGCUGUUGCUGCUCUCCUCUGGGUACAUCGGCCUGCGGAUCGUCGCCCUGGAGGAGCAGCUGACCUCCCUCGGGGCGCUGCCGGAGUUCUCCCUACAGAACCGGUACAAGGACACAUAGCCGGACGUCCCGGGGAAGAGGACAGGUUUUAAAGGCACGGCGGAGGGGGCGACACGGAGGCGUCCGAAGAUCUGCCGAGGAUCAGGUCCCCUAAAAAACCGAGAAGGACUGUCGCCUUCCGGGACGGUGCUGUAAGCGUGCCGCUUUUCUAACCGCACAGACGAACUCUACGGGAACGCCGCACUUGGUCUUCAUGAUUUCAGAGAUUCGCUUUUUAAAAAGUCUCCCUGGGGGAGCGGGGGGGGGUGGGGGUGGGGGGUGCGGCCCGGCCCAGCGCGGACAGGGGUUCCUGCUGCACAAGCUCGCGCGGGCCGGCUGAGUUUCGUCAGCGAGCCGAGGGGGGGCCUUCGCGAAACCAGGAAGAGGCCGCCAUGCGGAACCAAAGACAGUUGGCUCGGAGGGGCACUGGGGAAGAAACGGAGAGGCGCACCGGCAUGUGUCGGCUGAGCCGAUAACGACGGCUGCAGCGGGCGGUUCGGAAGGGGGGGGGGGGGGUCUGCGCCAUGUGACCAGUGCGUUCUCACCGACGACGUGCCCCAGCUCGCUCUCUCCUGCUCCUGCUCCUGCUCUUGAUCGUGGCAGAUUUUACACGGGAGACAGAGUGGCCCGUCUGCAUUCUCACCAUCCAGGAUUCCCAGCGAGAGACGGUUAAAACGGCGAGCCAGACACUUGUCGAACAUCGGCGCUCGGGCGCGGGCGCAUUUUCAUCUAGCUUUAUUUUCUCAUUUGUAUCUCUUAACGCAUUACCUUUUUUGGAAGUGCAUGUUUAUCCAGUGUUCUGCGUAUAUAUCUUAUCUGCUUAGAAAUUUGUUUCCUUACUACAGAAGUUACCAGCUGAUGACUGAAAUUAGACUUGUGGACCUGACAUCAAAAGAUCAGCCAGGAUGGCAUGCUUCUCAGCUCCUCUCUAGUGUGGGGCUCUCCUGAUCUAAGGAUUGUGAUAUUAAUCCCUGAAUGCAUAACAUUUAACACAUUAUUGAUUCACACUCAAGAGUACAUCAAGUAGCCUAUAAGUAUUGCUGGGCAUGCUCAAAGUAUGGUCAGGUUUAUAAAACUAAAAAAAGGGGGCUUUUUAUAGUAAUUCUUUUUCUAUUCAUAUUCUAUACUUUGAUCAAAAAAUAGUUUUAAUGUAAACAAAAUAAUCCUGAUCAGGUUACACAUUUGUCCGCAAAAUAUGCAAAGAUGUGAUGCAAAAAACAUUUAUACCAUAGCUUCUGUUUGAGGGAAUGACUGUCUCAAACAGCGACACAUUGCAUAUAUGUUGUGUUAUGUUUGUGUGUCUGUGUGCGCGUGUGUAUAUAUGUAUACACACACAGAAUAUGAAAAUAUGCAAUCCUUGUGUAAUUUCGUGCCCUUACAAUUUCAAAAUGUGUUAAAUUAAGAGUUACUAUGAAGGGUUGGGCAGUAGGGCAUUUCACAUUUCACAUUGUUUUUGGAUGGAAUCAGCUUCAUGAUCAACACCGAUUAUUUAAAAAUGUACGGUAAAGUAUAACCGAGUACAUUUUUUAAAGAUGCUUUCGAGUUUAACAAACGGUUUGUACUGUUCUUUAAAAAAAAAAAAUAACGGACGCCGAUCUGUGUAGCAUCCCCAGCGUAUUCCAUUCAAGUGAGCGCACUUUAAACGUGUCGCAGGUGUCAUGGAAACCGGAAGUGUUCGACGGGCCAGUGCUUCUCAGCCCUGGUCCUCGCGACCCGCUGUAUUUGCUGUUUUUUUUUUUCGACCACAGUAACGAGCUCUGUAUUGCGACGAGCUGCUAAUUGUUCUUGAUUUGAAUUUUUACGUCUGUUGAAGGACGAUUCACCCUCUUAAUGCCGUAUUAUGUCAGAAAUAGGUAUGUGUACUGUAUGCCUUAAAAAAUGUCCCAUAUUCACAUCCAGGAAAUUCAAAUGGGUAAAAACUAAUUUAUGCUUUCAUUUACUGUGCUGUACGUACAGUGUGGGAAAUAAUUCCCAACUGAAAGAGGUCGCAGUUUUAACUGAUCCAGUUACCAGCUGACAGGUGAAAUCAUUUGGGUCCCGUGUGCUGAGAGUGUGGAACCCUCAGGCUGAGUGUGUAGUGAAGUGAAGUGAGUGGAGUUUGCUGAAAGAAGAAAGAGAACACGGAAAAAAAAGUGCAUUGUGCUAAAAGUAGUUUUAAAAACUCGGUUAUGGUGAGCACAUCUAUUCCCCACGGCACGCAGGAACUGGCGCCGUGGGCUAUGCAUGGCGAAUUGUGGUCACUCACUCACUCAGUCACUCACUCACGGACGACCUUUGAGGGACGUUUAGUGGGACGCGUGCGCAGGCGGCGCCGGCUGAAAUGCGUCUGCGGAAGCGAGUUGCGCCGUGUGGGUCUGGACGGUUCCGUGCUGGUUUUAACAGCCGCGACCGAUCAAGAGGAUUGGCAUCGCCCAAAACCAGCCUGGCAUCGCCCAAAACCAGCCUGGCACAGCGAGUCCCACGGGACCAGGGUUGAGAAGCUCUGCGUUGGGCGAGGAGAGCAGCUGGUGUUAAACCGAUGCUGCGGCCUUUUCCCUCAGGGGCGGGGCCUAAUGCAAUCCAGAUUUUCUCCCGUUUCCCGUCGUGCUGAUGCAAUAGAUCUGGAGUUUUCAAGCGAGCAUCUGUUUUUUUUUUUUUUUGUGUGUGUGUUUGUUUUUUUUUUUUUUUUAGUGCGUCACCACCGUGUGGCGUUUCCCCCGCUCUAACGCGUUGAGAAUCGCCGUCCAGGGAGAAAGUGGCUAUCUUUAUCAAACCAAUGCAGUGAUGCUGUCGUGUCCUUUCGUCGAAUCGCUCUCUUUACCUCGAAACCGAUUCAAGUCUUUUUGGGAGGUUCAGCCUUGCACUGCUCCACUAUGAACGCCGUGUUGUCGGGACGCAGACAUCGCACUUGUAAGACGGCCGUUUUAGCGGUGCUGUGAUCGCGAAUCCAUUCAGGCUGAACAGGUAAGCGUACCUGCACCAAUGCACGGAGAGCGAUGGGAAAGGCACGGGGACUAUUUUGAGCUUUACCCUUACGUGUGCUGCUGUUGUGAGACUCUAGGGGGCAGCGACAGCCUCGGAGACUCAUUUAAGUUUGAUUACCUUCAAACGGACGCAAUGCAAAAAAAAUGUGU